CAGUUCUAUUCUGACCCUCAAACUGAGUGGUGCUUUGUUAUUUUUUGAGCAUUUCCAUUUGCAAUUUUUAACUAUCACUACGGACUUACAGGUGUAUUUUUUCCAUAUAAAAUAUUUCCAGAUCAAUAUUUGAAACUUGUUUACGAGUUUAAAAGUAGAAAAUUUUGAUUUUGAAUUGUUUGAUUUAACCUCAUCUUUAAACAGUGAUUGUUGUGAAAAAAAUUCUCACCCAAAACAUUGAGUAAUAAUCUGAAGUGAGGAGGUGAUUGUACAAGAAAAUGAAGAUCAUUGCGUGGCUUUUGUUAUUUGGAGUCUUGUCGUGUGAUUUUACAACGUACGGAUAUGAUUAUUUGGCGGAAGUUGAACUUUAUUCGGAUGAGGUGACUCAAUACACUAUCACCACUAGCGACGGUACAAGUGAAGAACUCUCAGAUACAACUGCAUUGGAACCAUCAAUUACAUCUGAAACACCGACAACAGGGGAUGGUAAUACAAGCACCACAGAUGACGAAUAUAUACUACUACCUUCGCCUCCGUCUUCAUUUGCCAAAGGUUCAAAAGGAUUAAGAAAAUGCCAUUCCACCGAGUUCACUUGCGCUAGCGGCGAUUGCAUACCGUUGCGUUGGCGGUGUGAUUUAUGGAAUGAUUGUCGAGAUGGAAGUGAUGAAAUGUAUUGCACGGAUUUGGGUUCAACAACAGAGGAAAUUGAAAUUUCUUCAAUUCAAGAGGUGAUUCAACAAAGUACCGAAAAUGGAAACGAUUACACAAUCGACUCAGAUAUUUCACAGGAAAUUGAAUGGAGUACAGUAAGUUCUUCUGAUGAAUUGAGUUCAACAACAGAUGAAAUUGAAGAAAGUGCCAUCGAUUCCACCACGUCGUUUUUUGACGAUGAAGAUAGCGCCAGUACAACAGACUCAUCGAUCAUUACGGGCGAGACAAAUGAAAAGUGCCUUGGCGACCAGUUCGAUUGUGUACCUCUCUCGCAUUUCCUAUGGCCCCGACAUUGUAUACCGUUAGCUUGGCGUUGUGACGGAUAUGUCGAUUGUGUAGAUGGACAUGAUGAACUAAACUGUAAUCAUGAGACGACAACAGAAGCAGUAGUCCAAAGUGUAGCCGUAUCCGAAAAUAAUUUAAAAAUCUCGACUCCAAAUCCGCCGUCGUUUUCACUGCCAAUGUUGACAUUCGCCAAAGACCUCUACACCGUCGCCGAAGGCACUGAUUUCACAUUAUUUUGUAACGUUUACGGAAGCUAUGACGGAAAUAUUAUCUGGCAAAAAAAGUACGGCGAUGGUUUUGCAUCGAAUGUGGAAACAUUUGCAAAUGUUUUGAGAAUUUACAAUGCUCAACCAGAGAAUCAAGGUGUUUAUGAGUGCAGAAUCGAAUCAAAUGGACUGAUUUCAAUGGCGAGUACGAUUGUCAAUGUAAAAUUGUAUUCCGCACCAGUGAUCGAAAUCCACCCAACCGAACCGCAAGUGGUGCAAGUCGGUGAAUUUGUUUUGCUCAAGUGUCGCAUAGUAUCCAAUGGUAAUUCGCCGUCGAUUUUGAAAUGGACACGUCUUGAUGGAGCACCACUUUCAAAUCGAGUCAUUGAGAUAGGUAAUGGUACGAUUUUAAUAUCCAACAUAACCGCUACCGAAGCUACUGAUUAUGCAUGCAUAGCAUCCAACAUUUUGGGCGAAACAAGCCAAUCAGUGUCAAUAAUUGUCAAAAAAGCAGUGUUAAAUGUCACCAUUUUGCCGAAUGUACAAUGGAUUUUCGCAUCACAAGGCGAUAAAUUGGAAUUAUUCUGUUCAGCCGACGAAGCGUCACCAUUCAGCAGCGCACAAUGGAAUGUACCAAAUCCGUUGAAUUCGCAUUACUACGUUUCAUCGGGAUAUGCUGUAUUCCAGAAGUAUAACAUCAAUUACACAGAUGCUGGAAUAUACAUUUGUUCUGUGUUGGACAAUGAACAUGGACACAGUCAAAAAGAAAUUAUCGUUCGAUUUCCAUCUGAUUAGAUUAUCACACAGAAAUGUUGACCGGAAAAAUGAAAUGAAUUACUCACAUAAUUGUUGAUAGACAUUUUAGAUAUUUUUGAGUUGAUUGUACAUAUAUACAGUUUAUUUAGUGAAGCAAUUUGAAUAAAUUUGGCUUAGAAAUUGAUGCAAAGAAAA